AGGGUCUUCUCGACAAAUACCUUAUUCCAAAAGCCAGCAAUCCAGAGAGCAAGGUUUUCUACCUGAAAAUGAAAGGAGAUUAUUACAGGUAUUUAGCUGAGGUGGCCACAGGAGACGCACGCAAUACUGUUGUAGACGACUCUCAAACAGCUUACCAGGAUGCAUUUGAAAUUAGCAAGGGUAAAAUGCAACCAACACAUCCAAUCAGAUUGGGUCUUGCACUUAAUUUCUCUGUCUUCUAUUAUGAGAUUUUGAACUCACCAGACAAGGCCUGUCAGUUGGCCAAACAGGCUUUCGAUGAUGCGAUAGCUGAGCUGGAUACACUCAAUGAGGACUCCUAUAAAGACUCAACACUUAUUAUGCAAUUGUUGAGAGAUAACCUUACACUCUGGACGUCCGACACGCAAGGGGACGGAGAUGAACCACAGGAGGGUGGUGAUAACUAACCAAACUAAACUGUUUCCUUUUGACUAUGCAAAUAUUAAUUAAACAUCAAAAUUUAACAAAUCAAUAUAAAAACAAAAUUUAAAGCAGAACAGAAGCAAAAUAUAUAUUCUUAACUACGAGAAGAAGAAAAUACAGAGAAGAAACAAAGAAUUGCUUUUAAAAUAUAUUUAAAUUUCAGUACUGUAAAAUUUCCAAAAGGAAAAAAUAUUUAAGUUUGUUUUUUUUUUGUUUUUUCUUAUUUAUUUAAAAGAGAAAAAUAUGUUAAUUGUGCCAAGAGCAAAAUCAAAGCUAAAAAUAUGUGUGUGUGUUACUAAAAUCAAAAAGCAAGAAAAUAUUUAUCUAUUCAAAAUGAAAUUUUUUUUAUAACUUGAAAUCUUGAGUGUUUACACUAUGUGACUUAUAUUAAUUUAUAAUGUAAGACACAUUUUGGAGACUAUCAAAAGUUCAAAACGCUGCUAGAGAGAUGAGAUUAUGCUUUGCUUGUUUUAGAUUUUUUAAAUAAUGGCACACAAUUUGUUUUUUCCUUUUGGAAAUUGUAUAAAAUUUUGUUUGUAAAUUUUUUUCGAACUAUUCUUUUAAGAAUAAUCAUAUAUUUGAGUAAAGGCAGGAAAGUUAAUAAUUCUUUGUUUGCAAAUUCAAUAAAAAUUUAAAAUUAUUUUUUGUUAGGCAAAAACAUUAUAUUAUUUAUUAUUUUUUUAAUAAAUAAUUUAAUUUUGUUUUUUUUUUACAUUAACCAAGUCAAUUUUUUUUCUUUAUUCAUAAAAAGUGUGUUUUUUUUUCAUCAUUUAAGUUGUUGUAUAAUUAAAAAUUACCAUCUACCAGUUAUGUUUGGCUUUGUGGACGCAUGCCAUUAAGAGAAAAUGAUGGAUUCGAUUCAAUAUAAAAAUUGGUAAAUUCAAAAAAAAAAA